AUUGAAGAGAGCAUUGUGAACCACAAAAAAGGGCCACAACAUAGCAGUGGGAGGAUUCCGGAAAAUGGCUUCUUCUCUCAUGGCUACUCAAACAACCCUCAUCCUCCGCCGCCCUAUGGCUUCCGUCGACCCGCGCCACCCCAUGGUUGGAGUCUCACUCCCCUCCGCCAAUAUCCGACGCCUCCCCCUACGCCUUGCUUUUUCCCCUCUCUCCAAACCCUCAGAAUCAAGAAUUUCAGCUUCUUUUAUUUCCCCGAUACUCGACAACCCACCAAUCAAAUCGCCCAAGACCUCAAACCCACCUCAGGAUUUGCUCUCCGGCUCCACCAGGACUAUCACUACGCUCUUCGCCAUCGCCUUAACCGCCUCAAAGUUCUUCGCCCGCGGAAUUUUUAGCUUAGCCGUGCAAUUGAAAGAACCCGUGCUCUCCGCAGCCGGCCCCGCUUUCUUCGCCGCGACGAGGGAUGUUCCGAUGGGAUCUUUGAACACGCCGUUCACGGUGGUGGCCGCCGGAAUGGCGAAAUGGCUGGAUCUUUAUAGUGGGGUUUUGAUGGUUAGGGUUUUGCUCAGUUGGUUCCCCAACAUUCCGUGGGAUAGGCAGCCUUUAUCUGCUAUCAGGGACUUAUGUGAUCCAUAUUUGAAUCUGUUUAGGAAUAUAAUUCCCCCAAUUUUUGACACAUUGGAUGUGAGUCCCCUUUUCGCUUUCGCUGUUUUGGGUGCGCUGGGUUCGAUUCUGAACAGCAGUAGGCGACGUUACUAGGGCUGUUGAUUGAAUUGAAUGGCAUUUGUACUUGGUAAGACUGAUAGAACAGUGAAGUUUUGUAGUAGUUUUGAUAAUCCAGUUGCAUGUAUUAAUGAAUUGAAUUGGUUGAGUGUAUUUGUUGUUAUUGAAUUUAUGGUUACAGUCACAUAGAAUUGGAUAAUUUCAGAUGUUGAUUGCUCGAAAUACCCUAUCUUAACAUGGGAUUCAUAAUUCUUGUACUUUCAAUGCCUGUUCAUUGUAU